AUGUACACCCCUGGAUAUAACACUGCCCAGGCUAUGUACACCCCUGGAUAUAGCACUGCCCAGGCUAUGUACACCCCUGGAUAUAACACUGCCCAGGCUAUGUACACCCCUGGAUAUAACACUGCCCAGGCUAUGUACACCCCUGGAUAUAGCACUGCCCAGGCUAUGUACACCCCUGGAUAUAACACUGCCCAGGCUAUGUACACCCCUGGAUAUAACACUGCCCAGGCUAUGUACACCCCUGGAUAUAACACUGCCCAGGCUAUGUACACCCCUGGAUAUAGCACUGCCCAGGCUAUGUACACCCCUGGAUAUAACACUGCCCAGGCUAUGUACACCCCUGGAUAUAACACUGCCCCGGCUAUGUACACCCCUGGAUAUAGCACUGCCCAGGCUAUUUACACCCCUGGAUAUAACACUGCCCAGGCUAUUUACACCCCUGGAUAUAACACUGCCCAGGCUAUGUACACCCCUGGAUAUAACACUGCCCAGGCUAUGUACACCCCUGGAUAUAACACUGCCCAGGCUAUGUACACCCCUGCAUAUAACACUGCCCAGGCUAUGUACACCCCUGCAUAUAACACUGCCCAGGCUAUGUACACCCAUGCAUAUAACACUCUGUGGGAACCGACCUAUCUUCACACAUAUCUAGAUAACUGUCCUGAGAUAACUAUUUCGUAUUCCAUUUAA